AAUAGCAAAUAAACAUGUCUUCUGGUUCAGUUAGAGAUAACACUCAAGUUUUUGGUGUUGCCCGUAUCUUUGCUUCUUUCAACGAUACUUUCGUCCACGUUACUGAUUUAUCCGGUAAGGAAACCAUUGCCAGAGUUACUGGUGGUAUGAAGGUCAAGGCUGACAGAGAUGAAUCUUCUCCAUACGCUGCCAUGUUGGCUGCUCAAGAUGUUGCUCAAAAAUGUAAAGAAGUCGGUAUUACUGCCGUCCACAUUAAAUUAAGAGCUACCGGUGGUACCAAGACUAAGACCCCAGGUCCAGGUGGUCAAUCUGCUUUAAGAGCUUUAGCCAGAUCUGGUUUAAGAAUUGGUAGAAUUGAAGAUGUUACCCCAGUUCCAUCUGAUUCUACUAGAAGAAAGGGUGGUAGAAGAGGUAGAAGAUUGUGAUUUAAAUGGUUGUAUCUUGUAUUAUGUCAUGCAUCUUUCUAUUAAUAUUAAAAUAUCAACAACAAUAAACAAAACCUUUGUAUAAUAAUUGGAAUUAUUUUAAUUAAAUUGUAAAUUCGUU